GCAGUCAAGGAUCUGGGCCAUCUCUCUUGGUCAGGUAAGAGAUAAUUCGUUUUUUCAGUUACAAAAGAGAAAGUGAAACAAAGCCACUUUAAUCGCGACAGAUCACAAAACCAGAAUUUAAAAGAUAACAGUCACAGUUUUUGCCACCGUUUUCAAGUCAUUUUUUAGAUGACAAUAACCACACACUUGCUACAUUGAAAUUAUGCCAUACUGGCGGAAAAUGCGCUGGCAUAAUAAGACCAGAGGGGUGGAGUGGGGAAAGAAACUCAAGGAACUACAUCGCAGCUGAUAUUCGACCAGUUUUGCCUGCGUUCCUGGACUUUUUUCACAGUCUAAGUAUCUUAUAGAUUUUAUCUUGCGGAGGAGGAAGCAAUUUGGCUUUUUUUUCUUCACUUAAGAGAAUUCCCCAUGUUUCAUGGUAAAUCAAUCUUCAUGUAAUAUGUGAACUGGACUGGACUAUUUAAUAGAAGAAUUCACUCAGGUGUUUGCUGCUUCAUUGGUCUUACCGAGAUUAUUACAACCGUGAUGAUACACACAUACUUUAUUAUAAAAUUACUUUAACAUGGUGUCCGUAGUCAAUUAUUUGUAGAUAUAUCAUAUUAUUACAAAUCAUGACAGAAAAAAAAAAUCAAAGACGCUAUGACUGAUGUACACCUGUAAGAGUUCCUCGUUGUAUGUUGAUGAUUUUUUUGUUUUUGCUCCUAGGAGGACCGUCCGCUGCCAGAUUUGCUGGAAACCAGCUCGUUAACUUACUAAGUCUCCUGAAUGAUCCUAAUGAGCCUACUGUUCUAAAAAUGGUAGGAAAUCAGACAUAUAUACCCCUUAGAGGAGAGUGGAUUUACAUACUUUAUCUGUUAACUGCGGCACACUUGUACAACAUUGCAAACCUACACAUUUCAAAGAGGAGCUAGUUUUUCAAACUGACGGUCUAUUAAACUCUAAGAAUUAGUUGAUUUUUAAGCAUUUGCUAUUUGGUCAUACACAUAUAUACUAAUGAUGAUUUAGUACUGCACGAUAAGUAAUUAUAAAAUGGUUUAAGUAGUCGCUUUUACAUUUGAAAAAGACUAUCCACGCUGUUUUGCUAAUUAUGUCAUAUCUAAAUAUCCAUUUAGUUUACAGUUCAAGCAAUCAGUGAAAUUUGCUGCGCCAACAAGGAAAAUCAAGAUAAAGCGAGGUAUGAUAAAUUCAUUAUAUUAUUAUAUUAUUAUGAAGUAUCUGCGACUGGCCAAUGAUGCGNUUGCAACCGUGAUGAUACACACAUACUUUAUUAUAAAAUUACUUUAACAUGGUGUCCGUAGUCAAUUAUUGGUAGAUUUAUCAUAUUACUACAAAUCAUGACAGAAAAAAAAAAAUCAAAGAGGCUAUGACUGAUGUACACCUGUAAGAGUUCCUCGUUGUAUGUUGAUGAUUUUUUUGUUUUUGCUCCUAGGAGGACCGUCCGCUGCCAGAUUUGCUGGAAACCAGCUCGUUAACUUACUAAGUCGCCUGAAUGAUCCUAAUGAGCCUACUGUUCUAAAAAUGGUAGGAAAUCAGUAAUACCUACUGACUCCGACACAUAUACCCCUUAGAGGAGAGUGGAUUUAUAUACUUUAUCUCUUAACUGCGGUACACUUGUACAACAUUGCAAACCUACACAUUUCAAAGAGGAGCUAGUUUUUCAAACUGACGGUCUAUUAAACUCAAAGGAUGAGUUGAUUUUUAAGCAUUUGCUAUUUGGUCAUACACAUAUAUACUAAUGAUGAUUUAGUACUGCACGAUAACUAAUUAUAAAGUGGUUUAAGUUGUCGCUUUUACAUUUGAAGAAGACUAUCCACGCUGUUUUGCUAAUUAUGUCAUAUGUAAAUAUUCAUUUAGUUUACAGUUCAAGCAAUCAGUGAAAUUUGCUGCGCCAACAAGGAAAAUCAAGAUAAAGCGAGGUAUGAUAAAUUCAUUAUAUUAUUAUAUUAUUAUGAAGUAUCUGCGACUGGCCAAUGAUGCGAACGAUGCGUUGUUAGUGGAUUAUCCAAUCCAGCCAGUGAAUAGUCAGACACGAGACGUUUUUGGAUGUACAGCCGAAUCGGGCGACCACUCUCAUAGCAUGUCAUAAGCGACUACAUAUUCAAAACACCAAAAUUUUCCCAGACAAAGCACCUGCACUGUUUGGAACCUCUUAACUAAUAAACCACUGAACGACCUCCCUUCAUAAGCCAUCGCGACCACUUUUUGCCCACUAUUUUUUUUGAAUUCUCGCUUUUUAAAACUUUAUCGCACUUAUUCCAUCUCGUCGUCAAGUAUUGGCAAAUUCUUCUGGUAAUAAAUUGUAAAGACUAUCUAAGUUCAGGGAAAGAAAAAGAAAGUCGUCGUAUUGUGUUUUCGUCCUCUAUAAAACGUGAAAUUAGCCACUAUCACGUCGUAGUCGUGUAGUGACGGCAAAGAGAUGUACGAAAAAGCGUGAUCCACGUGCUCAUUGAUUUUUUGAGGCCGCAGCGAGGGUUUCCAAAUGUGGCACUCAGGAAUAUGAAUAUUCAAGAGCACUAAACGCGAGUUACACGUUUCCAACCCCUUAUGAGUUUCUGUUGUAACUCAUAGGUAACCCAGGCUCUGUGUUAGGGCCACAGUAUGAUUCCAGUAAAUUUACAGUGUUUGUAUGGGGUAAAAAUACGAUCCUUUAAUUUGUAGGAAAUACUAAACAAAUAAAAGUCGAUGAAACUUACUCGACUUACUCUGCAGUUAGUUUCUGUUGUCCUUAAUGCUCUCACGACGUUUCGUGAUAAUUUUUCAAAUUCACCCUCCAUACAGUAACACCAAACUUUAAGGACAACAACUACUAACUGCAGAGUAAGUUUCAUUGGCUUUUAUUUAGGAUCGUAUUUUCACCCCAUACAAACAACACUGGGAUCUUACUGAGGCUACCACAGAAACUGGCUAUCUGUAACUCACAAGUCUUAUUUAUUCAGUGGAUACACUUAGUUGAGGGCAAGAAAUCUUGAUCUUCCCGUCACACCUUGGUAUUUGCUGUGGUCGCUUACGAUACUUAGGUUCGUCAGGGGCUCCUGGGUUCGUAAUGUUUUUUUUUACUGCAAUUGUUACUGCUUGGUGAUGGAGCAGCAUAUGACCGGCGAGUUUCAGCCCCACAGCUUAUCUGCGUCCGAAUACUAUUAAAAUAUGUCUAUCACAUCCAUUACCAGACUAGUACAUUGCCAAAUACAAACCCGCUGGUAGGCUUAGCAUUUCUCUGAGGAUCGAUCCCUUUUCGUUGUAGGUUCUACGGAUUAAUUGACAAACUCACUGAGAUGCUAUGUACAACUGAACUUGACUUGUCUUCUUUGGUAAGAAAAGAAUUUGAGACAUGCUUAAAUACGCGUACGUUCAACACAUGAAGUUCUCAUUAUUUAUUGACCUUGUUUCGUUGUUAGUCAUAACCGUUACAAUUUCCUCACAUUUGAUUGGUGCAUAAACAGCCUUAUUUUUCACCGACUAUUCUGUAGGAUUGUAAUCGGACAGUUGGCUGUAAUUGGACAGUUACACCAGCCAAUCACAUUUAGUGCAAUCGGUUAAAUCCACCAAUCACAGAAUUUAUCACAAUAACCGUAGCAAGAAAAUGCAAGAACCUCUUCCUUACAAAACUGGGGAUUUUCCAAAAUGGACGAAUUUAUAUGAUUUGUAACAUUAGACUCCUCGUGUUGUCCAGUUGAGUCUGUAAUCAUACUCGGGAUUAAACACUGCUAAUCUGGUAAUCACUCCUAUGAUUACAGCCGGAUUACAGACCGAAUUGGACUCUAUUAUUACCAUUACUUUACAAACUAAUUGUGACAAGUGAGUAAGACUGCCCGCCACGACUGACGUGGAUCUUACAAUCGUUAACCUACUGAAUCUCGGACGGAUGGAUAAAUACUUUCUUUUUUUCGCGUUUUCUAGAGGCGCUCUAUUACCGCUUGUUUGCUGACGCUCUCUUGUGAGAAUCUCGAAAAUCAAAAGACUCUUCUUCGUACAACUGGACUUCAGGUAAGUGAUAAUAUCCAAAUAGAAAAUACACAGACUAAUGUGCAUGCACUCCAACGACACUGCCUACAUGGAGCUAGUAUCAAAUUAGAAUUAAGAGAUGUCUUUAUCACGUAAGAGGGUAUAUAUUGUGGUUACUCUCCUGUUAAUUGUAGGAGCACUUGGCCUCAGUCUCUUUUGAAAACUGGAGUGCUUGGGAGGAGAAUGAAGCUGCUCAGUUGAUGAAGUUUCUUGGGCUUGAUCAGACAGGUGAGAAAUUUGAUAUAGGUGCAAUAAUUAUAUAAAUGUUCAUGUUGUGUAACCACACUAAAGAUUUUUCUAGCCUGUUCACAGAACCUCUAUUUUCUCUUCUCAGUCCGUCGAGCGCGCCUGAUAAAAAACAAAAAACCGCGGGGGAUUUAUUGACCGCCAGCGCAAGAGGGUAGGGGUGGGGGAAGACGAAAUUAGACGCUCUCCGCUCUCUCUUCUCUCUCCGCGCUCGUUCUCGCGCUCGCCGAUGUUUUGGAAAAGAACGAAAAGAAAAAUAAAACAACGUCUGUGAAAAGGCUACGAUUUUUCAAUCGCACUCAGUUGGAUUUCAGCAUCCCGCACUUUACAGUUUCUAAAUUUCUUAAGGUAAUUGCCAGACUAAACAGUCGGAAACAAGAGGAAUUAACGGGAUAAAAUAGAACGACACUGUUCGACUGGAAACGUUUCCAAUCGAAUCGAAGCGAUCCAUUGGCGUUUCGACCGAAAUUGAAAGACUGAAAAUGAAAGUUUAGGUGCGACUGAUCAAAGAGGACUAGCCUGCAAUUGAGCAAGCUCUCCCGGGGUGCUCUGGCGGCGGGGCAAAAAAUGAUGGAGAACCCCAGAAGAGCCUGCUCGCGGGUUAGAGGGGACCUUCAUUGGGGGUGGACCACUUUGACGGAAAAAUUUCAACGCGAACCGAAGCGUUCCAUUUAUUUCUCGAUGGAGUUUUGGCAUAAUGGAAAGCAGCCGUUGUCUUCUCGAGUCGGGAGCGGUUCUAUUUUCUUCAACCGUCCCAGAGUUUUCCAUGGUCAGCGAUAAUAUUAAUUCGCCACGGUAUUACACCCAGUCUGAUCAGACUAACUUCUGAUUGCAUGUUUUUUGAAAAUGUAGUUAAAAAAAUGGACGCGNUUUUCUUCAACCGUCCCAGAGUUUUCCAUGGUCAGCGAUAAUAUUAAUUCGCCACGGUAUUACACCCAGUCUGAUCAGACUAACUUCUGAUUGCAUGUUUUUUGAAAAUGUAGUUAAAAAAAUGGACGCGAAUUUACUGAAACCUACAAAAAAGACAAGACGGAAAAAAGCCCUCAAAUCAUACGUAACGAGCAAAGGAAAUAACAUCCGGGAGGAAAGGAAGGAAAAAGAAAAAAAAAGUGAUUUUUUGAACUCUCAGUUUUUAUAUUGGCUACUUUGGUGGUCUCUUUUAGCUGAUCAGAUAGUUGUGAGAAGAUAUGAAAUUUAUAAUAUUUGAACUGCGUAGUAGAGCGAAUUUAAAAAACACUGGAAUAAUCCUUGCAGUUCUUUUUACACAACCGAAGGUGCUAAAUCACGCCAUUUGUUACAUGUAUAUUAUUAAAAAGAUGAAACCUGUCUUUACAUCAAUUGAAAUCUAAACUCAAACUGUUUUCUGUCGUCUGUUAUAUUUACGGAUGGCAACUAAGUUCUCCCUGAAGAAAUUUGUUUGACAUCUUCAUAACUCUACAGGAGCUUUUUGUGUAUGGCCGGCGGUAAGCACCAAGUGCACAGAAUUCACCAAAGGCCUAGCUUGCAGUGCAGGCGUAUUUCGGGCGGGCGAAAGCUGCUUGGUUAUGUUCGUACUGUUGUAACCGCUAUCUUUGAUGUUAUGACGUAGGAAGAUUAGGUUGCCCAAUUUUCUCCUCUCUUUUCGAGUUUCAACAUUGCGCUUUCGGGAGCAAAACAUUCGCCCGCCCGAUGAAAACGCCUGCACUGCAGACUAUUAAAGGCCAGGUUCAGACGCUGAACUUUUCAGUCGAUGUAAUUUUAAAGCCGGAAAAUUUCCGUUUUUUCACAAGUGUAUCCACAGCUAGCAUUUGGGACACACAUUUGAGGUUCUUUCUGGUAUCUGGGAUAGUCGGAAAUGGUAAACUCUCUCGUCCCUCCCGAAUCAUUUCCAUUCCCGAUAUAUGAACUUACCAUCACACGGAACCGGACGAAUUUUGGACGGGUGGAAAAUUCGUGCGUUUCGGUGUUCCGUUCACCCCUUGACCGUACGAAAAUUUAGACGCAUAGCCGUUCAAAGGUCCGUGAACAGAGCCAAAACGGCUCCGUGUGAACGUAGUCAUAGCUUUUGAGUAGUAGCUCCAAAACCAUAAUUGAUAAACUACAACUGGAAUCCAAUUUCGAAAACCUCCUAAUAAUUCUAACCAAAACCCACUUCACUGCUAUAAUUUCACGUCCGAAUCAAAUUUCGUUCUCCUUGGAGAUUCGAAAAAUCAGGAUUCCACGUUUUAGUUUAACCUCCGUGAAAGGUGGUCGAAAGGGAGGCUACUUUGAAGGUCAUACGCAGACGGAGACUAUUUGUUUUCCAGAAUCAACCCUUCUACGGGAAAGCUGAAGCUUUUCCGGUCAUUAACCCGCCAUGAAAGAGGACCAAAAAAGCGGGAAAUAACCACAUCUUUUCUUUACAGUUGACAGGGGGUCCAGAUGGUCAAAGAUAAGAGCACCGGGUUCUAGACUUGCCGGGGAGGCAUACGCAUCUAGCAUUCCACAUAGCGACUGA